AGGCUAGCGGAGUACGUAAACGCGGUUGUGCCAGCUGUGCGUCCGUGGACGACACAUGAUACCAAAUCAAGAUACGACGCGUACAUGGCAUCAUACCGCCGGGCACUACGAUGGAGUGGGCCAAGCAAGAGUGGGCGUGGCUUGACUGACAAGGACUUCAAAAAGAGUAUAUAUUUGAACAUGAGAUGUUUCCGUUCUGAUAUAAUGUAGAGAUCUACACCAUCGAGAGCAAAUUGGAGAGCAUUUGUCCAUUCUACUUACAACGAGAUGAAUGCACUCACUCUUUGGGGCGCGACAAAACUUUCGACCGUCGCACAUUGUGGAAACGAGUUAUGUGCAAGAAGAUUCGAGUAAGAACGAGUACGAUUCAUCGGAUGGCCUAAACAGCGACGAUGGUGAAACGAAUGACCAUGAAGACGUCGACGUCACACAUUUCGGCCACCACCCCAUGCACACAAGCAACCAAGACGACUGUGAGGCCCACGACGACCCCGCCCGUGAUGCCUACUGGGCAGAGAACGAUGUGGAGAACCCCGCACAACCCACCGCUGCCCAUCGGCAUACCAGCAGCUCUCCCAUCUCUGGCUGCGGACAAUCCCAAGGCCAAACCGACCAUCCCCCGCCAGUUCCCGGCUCCCGAAAAACGGCUCACCCCGCCCAAGGACGUUUUGACCGUCUACAUGGACGCGCACAGUCAAGUGACACAGCUCGAACGGGAAAAGUUCGAAUACAUGAAGGAGAGUGACAAGGCCGCUCGCGCGGCAGCUGCAGUGGUAGACAUGCGUCAAGCCAAGUCGCCAUUGAUUGAAAAGCUUGUAGCAUCAGGGGGCGUGAGCAUGCGCAAUCACAAAGAGGUGAAGCCAAAGUCGCCGGCUUGGUAUUGGUUGGCAUCGAAGAAGCAGUCCGGGUGGCGAGCAGAGGAAGACGAGGCUCAAACUGUCGAAUCAUGCACGCUGCCAGGCCAACCCGCGACGACAUGCCGGAUCUGA